CAGGAACUACGAGAUCUGACACCGUACCGGUAGCACUGGGCCACAGACAGAAUCAGACAUGGCAGCUGCUGCAAGGUUCCUCUUGUUAUCCCGGGGCGUGCUAUUCGGUUCCAGACUCGGGUUAUCUGCAGUGCAGAAACCUUUGUGGCAAAAGUCAAGUUGUGUACAACCCGGGCCUGCACGCUGCUACAGCUCAAAUGACAAAGUCACAGUGAAUUUCAUCAAUCGUGAUGGAGAAACACUUGUAGCAGAAGGAAAACUUGGAGAAUCUCUUCUGAGAGUUGUUAUAGAAAAAAAUAUUGACAUUGAUGGUUUUGGGGCCUGUGAAGGAACCCUUGCUUGUUCCACCUGUCACUUGAUUUUUGAGGACCAUAUAUUUGAGCUGUUAGACCCUGUUACGGAUGAAGAGAUGGAUAUGCUGGACCUUGCAUACGGCCUGACUGAAACGUCGAGAUUGGGUUGCCAAAUCUGUUUAAAGAAAUCUAUGAAUGGAAUGACCGUAAAAGUCCCGGAGGCUGUAGCGGAUGUCAGACAAGCAGUGGACGUGGGCAAGAGUUCAUAAAACCAGAUUUAAUGGACUGCCUUCCAAAUUUUAUUUCCCACUAAUUACUAAAAAUCAUUAUUUUAUGUCGUAGGUUAUAUGUUAACAAUAUAUUUGUUAGUUUUGACUUUAUAUGACAACAUAUGUACACUUCUAUAAUUGUAAUGGAUGAGGGAGAUGAGGCUCUCGCUAAACUUUAUAGAAGCAUUUGUUGCAUGAUUUUAAUUCACUGAAGUGCCUUGAUAAUACUUGGCACCUAUGUACAUGAACUCCUGCUUGUGUUUUUAAGAGCUUGUAUUAUAGAAAACACAUCUGGAUCCCAGACCUAUUUCAGAGAUUGAUUCACAUUAUGACACUAGAACAGGAGGCAAUUUUGUGUUUAGUUUUUACCUCAGCUCAACAAUAUUACUGAAAACGCAAAGGGGGUUUACUGUAUGUCCUUUUCCAUUUUAUGAAAAUUGUGCCAUUAUUUUUAUUAUUAUUACAAUGAAGACAUAGUUUUCUAUAUAUAGUAAGAUAUGUUCUGUAUGAAAGCAAUGGUGAUCUAUUAAAUAAAUCAUUUUCAGUAAACAACAUGUCUAACUAUGUCCAUUUACAUUAGAAAUGUAAUACUUCUACCUUAAUACCAAAGUUUCUGUGCUGAAAAAUCUAUUUAAUUUUAUGCUUGUGGGUUAUGUCACUGUCCAUUGAUAGGGCUAUGGGAGUCCUCAUUUUCAUCAGUGAUCAUCUCUCCGCAGGAAUUCAAGUUGAGCACAAAUAAACAUUUGAUUUUUAAAUUUAAA